AAUACUUUUAUUUUGAAAAUAUGACGCCAUCCUGUUAAAAUACUUUUAUUUUGAAAAUAUGACGACGUCCGGUUGACGCGCGCUUAGUUUUGCCUGCUUCAAUGCUACGUAUAGGAUAUCAGAAAAUACUAUUCUGCUCCGUUAAAUCUACGUUUUGCCACUCCGUUAUCCGUUUGUCAUCUAUGAAGACGACAUCGCGGAAGGUGUAAGCGUAACUAACCGUAACUCAGAAAAACAUUUUUCCCGUUUGCUAACUCUUCACAGUGAAACGACAUAUGAGGAUAUGAUGGUGAAAUGGCUCCCCCCGGUUCAAAUAUUGAGCACCAAGCCUUUGACGCUAUUAAUACACGUAAAGGCCGCGAUUGAUCCAGACAGCGCAGCCGAUGAUUUUAUCCAAUUCAUCACACAACCCGCCUUUCAGACAGUUAUCGAUCUCACGCAAGAUGGCGAUGAAGAUCCCACCGUCAACGUAACAGACAACAUUCUACCCGAUCCCGCUCCGGCCCACAUCGAGAAUCCAAUAGGAUCCUGCGACGAAUCACUCCCCGGACCCGCUGACGAACCAGCGAGAAAGAAGACUAGAAAAACGAAUCACCCCACCUCUCCGGGCAGUCCAGGACCGUGUGACGAACCACCAAGAAAGACUUAUCGUUUUACAGCGGUGGUCCGACCUGAACCGAACGGCGAACUUCCGAGAAAGGCUUAUUGUUUCCCCCCGGCGAUCAGUCCUGAGAGCCCUCCAGAGAGGAAAACUCUCUGUCCGGUACCACCGAACAGCCCCGCGACCAGUCCUGAGACCGAUCUGUUUUAUGACUCGAGUAGAAGCCGUAAGGAUGACGUGACUACCUGGGGCAUGUCUCAAAUCGAUGCCUGGGACCAGAGUUCUUGGACGAGCGAGCGUGACGAGGUGUCUACCACCAACGCGGGUCAAACGCCAUAUCCUUCUCCCUCACCGUCGUCGGAAGGAGUAGAAGCGGAAGAAGUGCCGCCGCCUCAGCCGCUUGACGAAUCAUUCGAUGAUCUGCCUCCGUUCCAUAGCCCCAUUAAUUCGAUACAAUCAUUCGGUCAAGAGUUUCGCGACGCGCAGGUUGACAUAAACAACAAAUACGUCGAACUCCGCGAUGUACAAGAUGAUAUUAACAACAAAUUGAUCGCGUUGGGCAACGAGUCUCGCGACAGACAAAUCGAAACCCUUAGCAGAUUAGACGCGUUGCACGGUGAGCUCCGUGCGUAUCACCUCGAGACACGCAGUCGAUUCGAUGCUCAGGAUCGCUUUAUUCAGGAUCUGGCCAAUGAAAUAUUCCAACGCGUCAAUGCUAUGAGAUCGGCGAUUGAUCAGCAGUUUGAUAGAAAUGAUCGUACGGUGACUCAAUACCAAAGGGAAUUGAUGCUAAUAUUGCACCACCUCAUUCUCACCAUCGUAUAUGAGACUGCGGAGUCAAAUUGAAUAUAGACGUAUUCAGAGUAAUUCUUAUAUUCCAUCUAUACUUUGUUUACAUAUAAUCAGAUAUUUCAAGUAUUUCUUAUAUCUCACGUCUGCUAUGAUUGUUUAAAUAUUUCAUGUAUGCUUUUUAUACUUUGUUUUACAUAUAUAAUCCGAUAUCUGCUUUUAUACUCUGAUUUGUCAUAUAUGCUUUUUUGUAUUCUGAUUUUGUAAUAGUUCAUGUAUGCUUUUUUAUACUCUAUGAAAUGUGUAAUAGUUCAUGUAUGCUUGUUUUAACUCUAUGAUUUUGUAAUAGUACGUGUUUUGGUCUGAAAUCUAAAAAUGGACGGUUCAGACGACUUAUGCCAAUCCUCCACAGAACUGACGCCGGACGAGAUCGAAAUGCUAAGUUUACUUCCGGACUCUUUAGAACAGUAUUUGUUUAAUCAAGAAUCCCCUCCUAUUUUGGAUCUUUUUGAAUUAGCCGUAAAUCCAAAUAUGAAUUUGUUCGAUCCUCUGCUUAGCCUAGACACCGACCCCGUUGUACAACACGGAGGUGUUUUAAACACCCCACCGGCGGCGUGUACCGAGGCUGAUCCUGACAACACAGACCACCCUGACGGUAAUGAAACUCCGCAAGCGUCCACAUCAGGUAACGUCGACCCUACUACACAGACUCGAUUAAGCCGUACAGACGUUGACAGGUUGAUUCGCGAGGGUGGCGACGUUAACGGAUAUCAUGUUUUACCACGACCUCGUUUCAAUAGCGUGACAUUGAGAAGGACUACGAAUCUGAGAGAGAUUAACUCUACAGAUUUGGCCUCUUACCA